GCCGCCGUCGACGUUACGGCUGCUCUGUGGUCGUGUGUGUGGAUGUGUGUGUGUGUGUGUUUUGCGAGGACUUGUUACAUUGUACGGAUGAGCCAGCGACCUCACUCCGACGACGGACGAGCUGGACGAAAUUCUGAAACUGUCAAGUGGUAGUAGGCUACUUCGACCGAUGAGUUAUUCGUCGCAGAUGUCGAUUGACACCUUAAGUUGUUUUUUUUAGAUUUCGUUUCAUUUUAACGUUUUCUGUAUAAUUCGCUACUGUGUUGGACAUAUCCGGACCGGACAGUUCUCGACUACGGGACAGCGCCGCUCUGUUGGAACCGGGGCAGCCGUGUCUCGGCUUUUCUGUCGCUGGGUAGCAGUGGUGGUUGGGAGCCGUCCGCUCUUCUUCAUCGGCACGCCAUUGUGCAGUGGUCCUGUCCUCCCUCAGUCGAUUGGAAAUCGCCGAAGAGAAUAAAAGUGUCAGAGGUGGACGAUGUGAAGAGUUUGGUUGGAUGCCUUCUUCGAAACACGGAGCUAGCGCUAGUCUAGUGAGACAGUGACCCGAUGCUUUAUUUAAAACCUCAGGUGGACGUAGAUGUGAUAUAUGUUGGGUAAAGGCUCAAAGCGGAAGCUGGAUGAGGAUGAAGAUGGGCUGGAAGGCAAAGCGCUGGCGGGGUGCGCGGGCCCCGGGGCCGGUCCGGACGGGCCCUCGAAGGCGUCCUACACGCUGCAGCGGCAGACCAUCUUCAACAUCUCGCUGAUGAAGCUGUACAGCCAGCGGCCGGCGGCCGAGCCGAGGCUGGAGCGCCGCGUGCUGAUCAACAACAUGCUGCGGCGCAUCCAGGAGGAGCUGCGGCGGGAGGGAGGGCCGCGGUCCCUGCUGUUCCCCGCAUCGCCGCCCGACGACCCCGUGGACGAGGGCUUCCGCCAGGCCCCGCCCCCGCCGGCCCCGCCCCACGCCGGCCCCGCCCCUCCGGACGCCUGCCUCACCCCCGCCUCGCUGCUGGAGGCCGACGCCCCCUCGUUCUGCCCCCCCCCGCCCCCGGCCCCGCCCCACAGACUCGCCCCCCCCGCGGCGGCGAAGGACAGCUUCUCCACGGCCCUGGAGGAGAUCGAGGAGCUGUGCACGACCGUUACGGCGACCAUGACGACUACCUCCCCCCACCCCCACCCCCACCCCCACCUCCACCCGCACCCCCACCCGCCCUCGCUCCCCCCCGCGGGGACCGACCCGAAAGACCACGCCAAAAAACCCGCCCCCUCGGAGAUCCGGGUCGCCGUGGCGACGGGCGAGCCCCGGCCGACAGACUCCGCCCCUCCUCCUCCCCCUCCCCCCCUGGACGUGAGCUCCUCCUCCUCCUCCUCGGCCUUCCUCACUGACCUGGCGCUCGACGACAUCCUCUUCGCCGACAUCGACACCUCCAUGUACGACUUCGACGCCUGCAGCUCCGCCUCCGGGGCGGCGGGGGCCUCCAAAAUGGCGCCCAUGGUCACGGCGGACGACCUGGUGAAGACGCUCUCGCCCUACGGGGCCGGGGGCCCCCCCGCCGUCCCCUCCAGCCCCCCCUUCAAAAUGGACCUGGCCGAGCUGGACCACAUCAUGGAGGUCCUGGUGGGCUCCUGAUUUUUAAACGGCGGCAAAUAAUUUAAAAAAAACUUUAUACAAGAACAAAAGACAAAAAAAAAGACAAUUAUUUUAUGACUGUUUUUUGUACAGUUUUUGUUUUUUUUUUACGUAAAAAAAAAUAUGAAUAUCUGCAAAUUGUAAGAAAACGAAAACGACACCCAAUGCUACUUCACAUCACUGUGCAUGCGUCUCUGCCCGCCUUUCCAAAAACGACACGGAACAGAACACACCCGGCUUCUAGCAGGCGUGAGUGCCUUCAUCUGCGUACCACCACUCUGUAAAUUCCCAUCUUUAUGUUCCUCUUCCGUGUGAAGUUCGUCUGUGAACGGGUCUGUUUUCCUGUGGGAAUCGUUCACGGACACUUUUUCCCCUCACGGUGCGGAGAACGAACGUUUUAAUUGUGAAGCACAAAGAUGUAAACGGAAAGGUAUCAUGUUGCGUUCGCCUUUUCUGUGGAAAGUUUCGUUUCGGACAUGUAUAGGAAGUGUUAUCUGCCUUUUUAUUAUUUUUAUUUCUGUUGUCGUUCCCUCAAUUCGUCCAUGUUGUCGACACUGGCGCGGUCAAUUACUGACGUUACACAACAUUACAGAGCUUUUCCUAAAAUGGCGCCUACGGUCCUAUGGUCUUACAUUCAUAGCAGCCUUCUCCGGGUUGACGUUUUCUAAAGAGCUAAACACACACACACAGGCAAAAUGAGUAUUUUGAAAUGAGUUACUUGGUUUUAUAUGUACAGCGGUCGCUUUUGUACAACACCACACUAAACGCUCUAUACAGGGGCGAAGCAGAACGAUAGCUUUACGAGACGCACUCAGCUGCACAGGCGAGUGGACAGGGGUGUGAUUUCUCCUGAUUAAUCAGGAAAUACUGUUUGUUUUGGCUCAUAUUUGGCGUUAUCGCUGUACCUGUUCUUCUGCGGGAAGUUGUCUGUCAGUCUCUCUGAGGACUUUAGGGUCUGAAAAAUCUGUGUUUCCUGAUUACGUCACUCGAGGGGUGAAACGGUCGCAUCCCUGGUUGAGUCUGAUACGCAAUAAACGCUCCCUCACACUGCAAAAAUCUAAAAAGUAAAUCUCUGCAAGUAUUGUAUUCUUAUAUUGAGACCUAAAAUCGUAUUUCUUUUACUUUUGUUACUAAAUAAGAUAAAAAUAUGUUGAAUGAGAUAAAGACAGUUCGACUAAUUUAAUGAGUUACUUAUGGGGUGAGAACAUUUUACUUAUCAAGCAAAUUGUUACUUACUGUAAAACAAGUUAAUAUUUUCUACUUGCGAGAAUAAAAAUAAGAUCUUAGGUCUCAUUAUAAGGCUAAAAGGCUUGUUAAAACAGACAGAUUAGCAGUGCAGGCACUCACUGUCAUGAUCUUCACAGACAGGGGAUCUCCAGCCACAUGAUUAUGAUGUCAAAGAUCUCAUUUUUAUAAGAAACAAAUGCUCUUAAAUGUCAUGCAUUAAAAUGACCAUCAUGUAAAAGAAGGGGACAUUUAUUUAUGGAGUAACUUCCUCCAGAAUCUUCCCUCCAGAAAUGAGAGCCAUAAGAUUGUCACAUCAAGGGUUUUUUUUGUUGUUAAUGUUUUUGUUUUUUUUUUGUCUAAAAUGGCCGUCCCUUUCCUGGGGGAAGUACAGAAUAUUAGAGAUGUCAAAACAAACUAUCAGGUAUUCUGCAAACACUGAUUUUGCCUGUUUUUUUUUUUUUUUUUUAAGUGAGAGUGUGAUGUAUAUUUUUUUCGUUAUGAACUAAGCAUUUACAAUUAAAUUGUACAAAACCUCCAACAAACUGCGAUGUUGGCCGAAAGCUGUCUGUUUUAAAAUGGCGUAGGGUGUGAGACGUAGGGAGGCUUCACAGACCUAAUAAUGGACGGAUGCCAAUCAUCAGUUCAAACCAAUCAGAAUAGUUUUCUCCCCACAAUAAAAUGCAGUGAUUGGUCAACAUCAGAGAGUGCGGGAGGUGUGAAGUCCUCUCUCUCCGAUCGCUGCACUGUACAAAACGUGCCGGAAAAGGUAUAAAAGCUUGCCGCUGGGACGGUCCCCUAUAGGUACACAAAAUUGUACCCCUUACCUGUUUUGUUUCUGUACUUAUUUCUACCCAAAAGAACAGGGUACUGUACUUUUUAGGGUGCAUUUGGGAAACGUGUCGCUUAAAGAACAGAAAUGUCCCUCCGGUGUAUCCUCAUUUCUGAGAGUGACCGCACCCCUCUCCUGGAGUGUGGGGUCGGGGCAGCUAGCACAGUCAGGGUCAAAGGUCAUCAUCUGUUUUUUUAACCAAUCAGGUCCGGAGUCCCUCCAGCGAUACGAAUGCUGUGUAUUUCUGAUCCAGUUUCACAGACGGUCUCCCUCUAUGCAUGCUCUGUCUCACGCAAAACUCCACUCCCUACUACACCAAAAAAUGUAUUAUUAAUAAUAAUAAUAAUAAUAAUAAUAAUAAUAAUAAGCCUCCAGCCUGCUGCAGAACGGCAGCUUCAGAAACGGUACUUAUGCAUAUUCCACGUGUCAAUAAUGCAACUCCAUAUCCUUAAAUAUGAAAUUAUGCUUCUGUAGGACUUUGUGUUUUUAAAUGGAUUAAUUUAUGAAUGUUUGAGUCGUUCAGCAGUGUUGAAGGGGUGUCUGCGGGCUCCUGGUCACCUCGAGGUCGAGCCUGCAGCAGGUGAAGACGGGCGCGCCUCUCUCAGUCCGUCACUUAAAGAGGUUCAUCACACGGUUGGCUCACCUGACCCGGUCUCCUGGGUCUGCAUAAUUCUGAUGUUAAGGUGAAAACUAAAAGCAGCCACUGGUCUAAAUUUGAUGUACAGUAUCUAAGAAUCAUCGCUGUUUUUGUUUGCUUCUUUUUAUUUGUAAUAUUAUUGUUUCUUUUGUUGGUCAUGGUUAAACGAGUCAUCAGGAAAGUGGGAUUUCCCAGCACGCACCUCUCUGCCUGUCUGCCAGCUCACACUUUAUCUACAGGACACACUGCACACGGUGACACAUCUGUGUGUGUGUGUGUGUGUGUGUGUGUGUGUGUGUGUGUGUGUGUGUGAGAGAGAGUGUGUGUCUCUGUGUGAGACUGUGUUUGCGAGUGUGAUUCCCAUCUUACAUAAUCUCCAGCUCCAGUCGUAGAGGAGUGUGUGAGUGUGUGUGUGUGUGUGUGUGUGUGCGUGAGAGUG